ACCGGAAGGAGCGCGUGGAAGUUCAGCUCCAACUUCGGCUCCCGACGUCAUUUCUUUAUCGUUGGCCGGAAAUUGUCACCAGAAACGUCAGCCGCGUUGGAGCCCGCAGACCGUUAUCGAAGCCGCUUGGACCGUUAGGUCCCGAAUCCGGACCCAGGAAUCGCCCGAGUAGUGGGCUUCCAUCCCCGAUCCCCGGCUUCGGACUCGCCCGAGUCGAGAGACCCCGAUCCCGAGCUCCCAACACGUUCGCAUCGAAAGGCCCCGAAUCUCGAUUUUUUUUUUGUUCGGACCCGCCCGACCCACCAACCUCGAUUUUGCGUCUCGGAUCCGGAGCCGCCAGGCCACGACCCGCCUUCGCAACCAUGGGGCUCUCCAUCUCCAACAUGUUCACCAAGUUAUUCGGGAAGAAGCAGAUGCGCAUUCUGAUGGUGGGACUUGAUGCUGCUGGGAAAACCACAAUCCUGUACAAACUAAAGCUGGGUGAGGUUGUUACCACCAUUCCAACAAUCGGUUUUAAUGUGGAAACUGUUGAAUACAAGAACAUCUGUUUCACCGUGUGGGAUGUUGGAGGUCAGGAUAAAAUCCGCCCUUUAUGGAGACACUACUUCCAAAACACACAGGGCCUAAUCUUUGUUGUGGACAGCAAUGACCGAGAAAGAGUGCAGGAAUCAUUAGAAGAACUACAGAAAAUGCUGCAAGAGGAUGAGCUGAGGGAUGCAGUGUUGCUGGUAUUUGCAAACAAGCAGGAUUUGCCAAAUGCCAUGGAAGUGAGAGAGCUUUCUGACAAGCUGGGACUACAACACAUGAGCGGCAGAACUUGGCACAUACAGGCUACAUGUGCUACCCAAGGUACUGGUCUAUAUGAGGGACUGGACUGGUUGUCCAACGAGCUGACCAAACUGUAGGAGAAGAAUGACAUCCAUGUUCUCGCCUGCAUUGGUGUGACAACUGCUAGGACUUGAAUUCAAAGACUUUAAACAGCUUAUUUUCCCUUUCUUCCAUUCUGUACCCUUACUUUGCAUUUCAUCUCCUUUUGUUUGCCAGCUCUUUAUAAUGCAUGUUUUUUUAAAAUUUAUCAAAGGUUGGACAGGGAUUAUCCUUUCAUUCAACAAUGCAUGGAUGUUCCUUGCAGGACCAGUUUGAGGAAUAACAGCAUAAGUUGCCUCUUAGUUGCAAGUUAGAACUUGGUUGUGACUAAGAGAACUUUGCAACCUGCUUCCAACUACAGUAGAUUCCCACUGCAGUUCUAAAUACAUACCCAAAUAACUGGAUGAACCACAUGAACAGUAUCCCACAGAGCUUGUUUAAUCUUCUGAUUUUGGACCAUAGAGUAUUUUAAGCGGUUCCUUGAUGCACAAUGAUGCUCUCCCCCCCCCCCCCCCCCCCCCCCCCCGCCCUUCAGAGUUCCACAAUCAUCAAUGUUUUUAAUAAGUGGAUUCCAGCAAAAGAAGAGGUUUCGCAGAUGUUUGCUUUUUUGGCUGCAGGUGCCGUAGUGAGCAUGGCUGCAUUGUUUCAGAUUUAGAAAAUGAGUGGACACAUGAAGCCUUGUUCAGUCACCAGCUAAACUGUAGCUUGUAGAAUGAGUUUUUAAAUCUUCAUUUUGUGAAGAGUACCAGUUAUAAGAUGAACAGAUUCGUGAGCAAUCUUAGCUUAACUGCAGCAAUCAGGUGUUGACUGGAUAAACCAACUUUCUUUUCAUUAACUUAUCUUUACCCUGCGUGAAAGAGCCUUUUAUCUUUGAUGUGUCAAGUUGCCCUUUAUUUUGAUGGUUUGGUCAUGUCUCCCCUGCCCAGUAUAUUUCUCUAAUACAGGAUAAGUGUUGGCAUUUUCUUCACAGUGUAACAUCGGGCGACCAAUGUGAGUUAUGGGCCAAUGUAAUUGUUAUGCUAACCCAGAUCUUGGUAGGAAAUGCUUUUUGAAUGGAAGUAUAUCACUUAAAACUACAAGAAUUUAUAUUUUACUUGAUGGCUGUGCAUUUUUCACCAAUUUAGGAAUAAACCAUCAGGUUACAAAGGGCACUGGUUUGCUGUUUUAAUGGCUUGUGAGUAAAUCAUACUUUCCACUGUAGUAUAGGGAAAACUUGGUUAAUAAUUGUGCCUCUUUGAGACAUAUAUAUGUGUGUGUAUAUAUAUAUAUAUAUGGUUUAAAAAUACAGCCAAAUCUUAAAUUGUAUGCAUGGAGCAUUUACCUCAUUCUGCCAUGGUAUGUAUUUGUGCUUAUGUAAAAAUUAUGGGAAGCCCUUCUGAAAUUCCCCUUGUGUGUUAAUGUAAUGUUCUUUUGGUUAUGUAAACACUUUGAGCUUUAGCUGCUGUAAAAACAUCUGCGAAGGUUUUUUGCGUUCCCUGUGGAAACUGAUCCUGAUAACUGGCAUUAAUCUAAACAGUAAAUCAGUGAGCUGAGACAAACCAUUCUGACAUUGUUGAGGCAUAGUACCUUUCCUGAAACUGACUUAAUCUUAAUAAAGGCCUUUUCAGAAACAUUCCCUAA